AUGGCUAACAGUGUGACCGUCAACAAAAAUACUACGAAGCAUACCUUCUCUUGCAGUUUCUACCGUGAGGAUAUAACACCUUUGGUCCGAUUGAGCACCCGAGUUACUGGGCAAAAUUUGGAUGAAUUCAGAAAGACUUAUGGCCACAUUCUGCUUAUGUUAACUACUCGUAUUGAUGAGUGGGGUCUCUAUACUCUUCUUCAGUUUUAUGAUUCUGAGCUGCGCUGCUUUACCUUUCAAGAUUACCAAUUAGCCCCUACCCUCGAAGAGUAUGCACACAUUCUUCAAAUCAAAGUUCAACAUAAGGAUAACUGGAAGCCUAAUGGUGGGACCCAUGGAUUCUAUGUGAAAUUUCUGAUGAGGGAAGCUGAAACCCUUGCUGAUAAGGAAAAGUGGAAAGAAUUCAAUGCUCUUCUGGCCGUCAUGAUCUAUGGAUUAGUGAUGUUCCCGAAUAUUCCAAAUUUUGUUGAUCUCACUGCCAUUUGUCUCUUCAUGGAUCAAAAUCCUGUACCCACCCUGUUGGCCGACACUUAUUAUGCCAUCCAUUCUAGGUAUGGAAAAAAGGGAUCAGUUGGGGGUUGUUUGCCAAUACUGUACGAAUGGUUUUCUUCACAUUUGCCUAAAAGCGGAGCAUUUGUCACUACAAGAGAUUCACAGAAGUGGCCCCAAAGGAUUAUGGGACUUACUGCAAAUGAUAUUGUUUGGUAUCACCUCCGAACGGACAUCGAGCAAGUUAUAACCAGAUGUGGAAGUUUUGGCAAUGUUCCUCUCAUAGGGACAAAAGGAGUUAUCAACUAUAAUCCGAAGCUAGCACUGCGCCAGUUGGGUUUUGUACUGAAGGACAAGCCUUUGGAUAAAGAGAUAUUUGAGUCCGUUUGUUUUGAAAAAGGAACCGAUCCAGAAGGUUUGGAGAAAGUAAGGAGUGCGUGGAACAAAAUUCACACAGAAGACCGAACUACCUUGGGGGGAAAGAAUGCCAUUGCUAAGAAAGCUUAUACUGAAUGGGUUGAAGAAAGAGUUAAGGAGCGCCUGCUGCCUUUCCCGAAGGUUAGCCCUCUAUAUGAACAACCACCUGAGAUUUUAACUGCCACUGUACCAGCUGAGGAGUACAACCAAGUACAUGUGGAGAAUAUCAGGUUGCGAGAAAAAGGGGAAGACGCUAAAAUAAAGUACUUCUUGGUGGAUCAGAAAAGGGCUGAAUUAGCACAUGAGAGGGUAGCAAUCAAGAAGAAGCUUGAAGAGGAAAUUACUCAAAAGAUAGCCGUGGAGACACAACUUAAAGGUAGUCAUCUUCGUUCCGCUCGACUAACAGAAGAGAAUGCAAAGCUCAGAAACCAGAUAGCAGAAAUGGAAAGUACAUCUGAAAAGAAUACCCUCCCUGAUUGCAAAGGAUGUGAGAGCUUGGUGGCCCACUGUGAUAUGUUAGAUGGGCAGUUGUUUCGCAAAGAUGUGGUGAUUCAAACAAUUGCACCUCCGCCUACACAUCGCUACUACACAAGGGCUAAUCACUCACUGCAAAUGGAUCAGUUAAGGGACGAUCUUAUCCAAAUGAGAACUCAGGUUACUGCUCAGAUGGCUCAGUUCAUGGAAGUCAUGCAAAACAUGGCUGAUCGCCAAGAAGAGCUCAGGAUCCGAAUGGACACAGUUGCUCAGGUUGUUGCGGACCCCCCGCAAAGAAACCCUGCUGAUAUUCGUGUCAAUGGUGAGCCUGUGAUCGGAGGACCUGGUGUGAUUCCUCCUGCUACCAAUCAAGGUAAUCCUUAUGGGCCUCCCCAGCCCAUUCCUGAAGGUCAAGCCACACAACAAAUCAGAAGAGCUGCUGCCAUCCCCGUGUUGGAAGAGGAUCGGCAUGAGGAUCUAUUUCCUGAAAGUGAGUUGGGAUUUCCACAUGAUGCUGGAAGGUUGUUCAGAGGACUGGAGGAAAGGAUGAGGGCCAUGGAAGGCCAAGGACUUGGUAUGGACAUUAAUGACUUGGGUUUAGUUCCCGGUGUCCGUGUGCCGCCGAAAUUCAAAGUGCCAGAUUUUGAGAAGUACAAGGGGAAUACUUGUCCCAAGACCCAUGUCCGAGCUUACUACCGCAAGAUGCAUGUCUAUUCUGAGGAUGAGGGGCUGUUGAUGCAUUUCUUCCAAGAUAGCCUAACUGGGGCAUCUUUGGAAUGGUAUAUGAGAUUGGAGAGAGCUAAUAUCCGAAGUUGGAGGGACCUGGUUGAUGCUUUCAUAAAGCAGUAUCAGUAUAAUGUUGACAUGGCACCAAAUCGCACUCAGUUACAGAAUCUAUCCCAGAAAGCUAAUGAGUCCUUCAAAGAAUAUGCACAGAAAUGGCGCGAGUUGGCAGCUAGAGUCCAGCCACCUAUGUUGGAAAGAGAAAUGAUGGACUUGUUCACCAACACUCUGGAGGGCCAAUACUACUCCGCCUGCUCUGCAUCCUCAAGUUUUGCCGAGUUGGUUAUGAUUGGUGAGCGAAUUGAAAGUGGGAUUAAGGCUGGUAGAAUACAGAAUCCAAGUGCUGCUAGUUCCUCUUCUGGGGCAGGAGGGAAGAAACCAUAUAACGGAUUUGCUAAGAAGAGAGAAGGUGAAACGAGUGCUGCUUACUAUGGUAAAGGUAAAAGCCAUGUUUAUCAACAGGUGGCCGCUAUUACUAUACCGAGUACUCCUCUUCAACAACAACCACAACAACAGCAGAGGCAUCCCCCACGUCAGUAUCAGCAAAAGUCGAGGCCACCAAGAAUUUUUGAUCCCAUACCUAUGACAUAUGCACAAUUACUCGCUCAUCUCUUACAUGGGGACUUGGUGCAACUUCGUACCAUGGGCCCUCCACCUGCUAAGCUUCCUCCUAACUAUGAUGCUAAUGCCCACUGUGAGUUUCAUUCUGGGGCUGCUGGUCAUGAUAUUGAACAUUGCAUAGGACUCAUGCAUAAAGUACAGGAUCUGCUCGAUUCAAAAGCUAUUGAGUUCACCCCUACUCAAGGACCUAACGUUGUACAGAAUCCUAUGCCUUCCCAUGGAACUCAUGCCGCAAAUGCCAUCGAUACUGUUGAAGACAUUUACUUGGUCAAGGAUGUUAUCGAAUUGGGAUCGUUGUUGCCAUUAUUGAAGAAGGAAUUAUUGAGGAUGAGACUAUACGCUGGUUGUGGAGAAUUCUGUACUGAUUGUAUGGUCACCUCCUCAGUUUGUGACAAGGUGAAAGAUGGGAUUCAACAGUUGAUAGAUAGUGGGUAUCUACAGUUUGAGCAUGUGCGACAUCCAAAGUCAGUCAAGAAUGAGAUCAAUGUGCUAUCCAUCCCGUAUACUCCUACUAAAAUCCCGAUCCCUGGCAGAGCGCCGCCUUUGGUCAUCACGUUGCCUGGUCCCAUCCCAUAUACUAGUGAGAAAGCAAUCCCAUGGAAUUACGGCGGAGAAGUUUUCUACCAAGGGGCCAAGUAUGAGAUUAAAGCACCGGUUGAGAAAGAAGAUGUUGAUAAUGUUGGUGGUAUUGGAAGAAUGACAAGAAGUGGUCGUAUUUUCAAUCCUCCCCAGAAUACUCGCGAUGACAAUGCAGAAGCUCUAGCUCAAGCAAAAGGGAAAAGAGUGGUAGAAGAUACGGUAGAUCCGGGGCAAAGCUCUAACUCUGAAGAUACUGUGGCCAAGGAGAUGGAAGAGUUCCUAAAGAUCAUCAAGAAAAGUGAGUAUAAAGUGGUUGACCAAUUGAGUCAAACUCAAUCAAAGAUUUCGAUCUUGCAGUUGCUCUUGUGUUCGGAGACACAUCGAAACGCUUUGCUGAGACUUUUAAGUACUGCUUUCGUCCCUCCAGAUAUCUCAGUGAAUCAACUUGAAGGGGUGGUGUCAAACAUCAAUGCUGGUAAUGGAUUGGGAUUCACUGACGCAGACUUGCCCCCCGAAGGUAGAAACCAUAAUAGAGCUUUGCAUAUAUCAGUGGAAUGUAAAGGGACUAUGUUAUCUCGUGUUCUCGUGGAUAAUGGAUCUUCUCUGAAUGUAUUACCGAAGUCGUCUUUGAUGAGGCUGGAUUACUCUGGUGUUGAGAUAAGGCCGAGUGAAUUGACAGUGCGAGCCUUUGAUGGGUCAAAGAGAUCAGUAUUUGGGGAGGUUGACUUGCCAAUAAUGAUAGGCCCUCAGCUUUUCACUAUUACCUUCUUUGUGAUGGAUAUCCACCCGUCUUACAGUUGUCUCCUGGGACGUCCAUGGAUCCAUGCUGCUGGGGCCGUGACUUCCACAUUGCAUCAGAAACUCAAAUUCACGACUCAAGGAAAGAUAGUCACAAUAUGUGGGGAGGAAGAACACGUGGUAAGCCAUCUUGCGUCCUUCAGGUAUAUUGAUGUGGAAGGAGAGGUCCACGAGACGCCGUGCCAAGCCUUUGAGGCUGUCCAGACUAUCAAGAUCCCUUAUGUUGAAAAUAAGAAGUUAGGGGCCCCCAUGUCUUCACUAAAGGAAGCUAAAGCUGUGGUUGAAUCUGGUCAUCCUGAAGGAUGGGGCCGAGUCUUGGAUCUACCAAUCAAGCAGGAUAGGGGUGGGAUUGGAUAUCAGUUGGGUCAGAGUUCAUCUAAUGAGGCCUCCAAGAAGCCCGAAACCUUCAUUCCGAUCAAGUUCUCUAGUGCUGGCAUCGUCAAGGAUCAUAUUUGCGCUGCUGAUGAUGAUAUGGAUAGUGAUUAUGACAUUGAAGAAUGGAUCAAGCCGUGUGUCCCGGGACAGAAGCUUCUCAACUGGUCAUCCGAAGAC